AUGGGGGAAACGUGUUAUCAGGUCGUCGCGGCCUGCGCGUGUCUACUGCUGCUCCUAUCCUACGCGUCCGCUAAUGCUCCCUCGUCCGAGCCGCCUUCCACCCAUGAAUCGGCUUCUUCUUCCAGACCAGCCCCUUCUCCCAAACCGGCUGAUGCUCCCAAACCUGCUCUCGCUCCCGAACCUGCUCUCGCUCCCAAACCUGCUCUCGCUCCAAAACCGGCUCUCGCUCCCAAGCCUGCGCACGCUCCCAAACCUGCUCUCGCUCCCAAGCCUUCUCUCGCUCCCAAGCCUUCUCUCGCUCCCAAGCCUGCUCUCGCUCCCAAACCUGCUCUCGCUCCCAAGCCCGCUCUCGCUCCCAAACCUGCUCUCGCUCCUAAGCCCUCUGCCUCCGUCAAAGCAGCCGGUUCACCCGAGCCUGCUCUUCCCCCAAAGCCAUCUCUCGCUCCGAAGCACGCGCCCUCCCCCAAGACCGCCUCCGCGGCCGCGCCUUCCUCCAAGUCCGCCCCCGCGCCCGCGGAGCCAAAGACCGCGCGGGUGAUCGCGGCGGAGGAGGCGAAGCUGGAGGCGGAGCUGACGCCGGAGAACCUGAAGAAGCUGCGCAAGGAAGGCGCGAAGGUGUUGACGGAGGCGAACGUCCAGAUGCUGACGGAGACGGAUCCGUCAAGUCUGACGGAGGAGGACGGAGACGAGUAUUUCCACUUCCACCACGUGGCGCACAUGGCGCAUCUGGCGCACAUGGCGCACCUCGCGCAGCUGCAGAGCAUGGAGGCGCACAACCAAGCGCAAGCCCCGGCGCAACCGGUUCCGCAGGUCGCAAAGACUUCGGGGAAGAAGGCUGACGGCGCCGCGGAAACGACGGGCGAGAAGAAUGCCGGCGCGCGGAGCGUGGAGACCCCCAACACGGUGAUUAAAGCCGCUGGGAUUGAGGGCCAGGACGUCCGCGAUAUUGAGAACGACAUCCUCGUUACUGACGACGUGAGAGUCACCGGCAAGGAGAUAGGUGUACCCGCUAUAACAGCAUCCGUCAAGAUUCCGAGCUCCGAAGCGGAUCUCAGUCCCAAGGGCGUCGUGGCGGCUGCGGAUGAAGCGGGCGACAUCGAGGCGACAGAUGCGAAGGAGACCGAUGCGAAGGCGACAGUUGCGAAGGCGACAGUUGUUAAGGGCGACGCGAAGGCUACCGACGCAAAGGCGACAGUUGCGGAGGGCGACGCUAAGGCUACCGACGCAAAGGCGACAGAUGCGAAGGGCGAUGCGAAGGCGACCAAUGCGAAGGGCGACGCGAAGGCGGCAGAUGCGAAGGCUAAGGCCGACGGGAACGCUACCGACGCGAAUUGUGAGACGAAGGGCGAGGCCAAGGCUACAGCUGCGGACGAUGGUAUCAAGGCUACAGAUGCGAAGGCCGCGAAUGGCGCCGAUGAGAGCGGGGCGUCGAAACUGGCGGGCGUGAAAUCGAUGACCAGCGCUGACGCGGAUUACCCUGACGCCGCCGGCAGCGGCGGCGCCUCAUCGGGCAGUAAGUACGUCAAGACUGCAAUUGGUGGCGCCAAAACAGAGGUCGACAGUAGCGCGUACGAGGAGGAGAGCUGUCCCGCGGCACCGCUGGAUCAGUGCGACUUCUACUUCGAGGGGCACCCCGAGGACGUCCCCGUGUUCCGCCUCGAUAACGUCACACCCGAUACCGCUAUAAGCCCGCCGCUCGUGUCGAGCCGCAUUCAGCAGAUAAUCGAGGUGGAUCGCAGCGGCGCGGCGCAGUUCCUGUGCGCCAUGGACGGCGUGCGCGGCGACGACAACCAGUUCUACCUCACCAAGCAGCAAUCCACGCUGCACGUCCGCACCUUCCAAACGCGUGCCGAGAAGGCGAAAACGACUACGAGCAAGCACCAGACCUCAGGGUUGCUAUCGUUGCUCACCCCCCCACGUCCCCGUCUUCCCCUCCCCGCCCGCCCGCAGCUGUCCUCGCCGCGCGACAAGUUCGAGUCGCGGUGCGUGAAGCUGUGGAUCGUGAACGCGCAGAUUCCGGCGCCCAACGGCUCGGUGGUCAACACGGCGCCGGGCGACGAGCUGCAAAAAGACUACCCCGACGCGCGCCGUUGCGUCGUCUUUAAAACCGGCCCCGUCGCGCCGCAGUCCGUGUCGUGCGGCCGCCAGCCCGUCUUCGCGCAAGCCGUCGGCUCCCCGCCGGGGGACCUCGUCGUGCGCCCGUCUGCGCCUUCCCCGCCUUCCGCGCCGGGUGCGCCCCGCGCGCCGGGUUCUCCGCCUUCUUCCCCCGACAGCCCGCCAGGGGAAGACUCUCCGCCCUCCUCCCCGCCCUCUACCAAGACGAGUACCGACAGCCCGCCCUCCCGCUCCCCCUCGUCCCCCCCUUCCCCCGACUCCCCCUCCUCCCCCGGAACCCCCGACCGUCCCCCCUUGACGAAGAUUCAGACCUUGCAGCCGCCUUCCCCGCCCAAGCCCUCCCCUUCCCCGCGUGCUCCCGGUUCCCCCCCUGGCGUGCCUUCCACCGACCUCCCGCCCACGCCCCCGCACGCGCAGGUACUCAUUCCCCCCCUGGCAACCACCAAGACCCAGUCGCCCCCGCCCCGCACGUCCUCCCCGCCCCCGCCCACACCUUCCCCCGACUCCCCCUCCGGGCCAGUCACCCCCCAGUCCACCCCCAACACCCCCGACGACACUCCCCCCGAAUCUCCCCCCGAAUCUCCCCCCGAGUCUCCCCCUGAGGAUUCCCCCGAGGCUCCCCCCGCGCCCAUUCCCCCUGCGGAGUUCCCCAAGCCCACAGGGCCGUGUAAGAUGAUGUGCCCAGCCAACCCCCUGUCUCUCUGCGACUUCUACUUCGAGCAGCAUCAGACCGCCGUGCCCCUCUUCCACCUCAACGGCACUGUUCCCGACUCGGCCAUCAGCCCUGCACUAAAGACAAACAAGCUGCCGCCCGGGAAGUACGUCGAGGUGGAUUCUGUGGACCACAACCGGCUGCAGAUUUUGUCCUGUGUGGAUUACACGUCGGCGCCGGCGAGCUACAGGGAGAUGUUUUACGUGACGGGGCAGAUCGGGCGGCUGCACCGGCGGGCCACGGAUGGCGAGAGCAUGCUGGGGUUCUAUGACGGGGCAUGCGUGCGCGUGAAGCUGCAGUCGCUGCAGCUGGCUUAUAACGAGACGAAUGUGAUUAAUCUGAAUCCUGGAGAUGGGAACAAGGAGUUUCCGGAGUCGAGGCGAUGCAUCGUGUUCAAAACGGCCGUGUGA